CUAGUAACGAGAUUGAUAUCGAUAUUUUCUAUUUAUACUUCCUUGUCGUAAUAUCCUCUCUUCACACCUCUCAAAGCUUCAAGAUGGGUCAAGCAGUCACAAGGCUAAUACCGGACGACGCCGAACGAACACAAUCAUCAAGAGAAAGAAAGCCUACGUCACAUAGAAAGCAAUCUUCAGAUGAAGCUAGACGUAGUAAAGCUUCGGAACCAAAAGCAAAUCCCGCUCGUACUCGAACAGCAGCAGCAAAGCCCGAAGCAUCGCAUCUAAAACCAAAGAAGCGGCGUGAUCACGGCUUCUCCAUCAGCUCACAGCACACAUCACAUCAAAAAAGCCGUGCGCAGAGCAAAAAAGCUUCAGCCUCGAUCAGUGGCCUGUAUUCCGAUCACACAACUACCAAAGUAGCACCGCGGCGCAAGCGUAGGGACCCUGAUAUACUAUCUUCUGACACCUACCGGGACCGUUUGCCUGGAAAGACUAAAAGCCAGAAGAAACGCAACGAUCCAAAAAGAGUACCUCGAAGUAAGCCGUCAAAGAAGAUAGCUGCCUCUCGGCGAGGCCCAUCAUCCCGUCAUGACAGUUCGUUCGAUUAUAUAGAGACACCUCCUAAAGACAAUAAACCAAGAAUCGAAUGCCUCGUCUGCACAGAACCCAAAACUGCGCGCCACUUUCCCACCUGCGCACCAACCUCCUCCUGCACACACGACGCCCAAACCUGCACGCGUUGCUUGAGGCAAUGGAUCACAUCUGAGUUCGAGGGCAAAGUCUGGGACCAGAUCGACUGUCCAGAAUGCCGCGAGCGAAUGCAAUACGAGGACAUGAAGCAAUUCGCGCCCUCCUCUAUAUUUCGCAAGUACGACCGCCUCUCCACCAAAGCGGCCCUCGAAGCUAUCCCCGGCUUCCACUGGUGCCCCAGCAAAAACUGCACCUCGGGCCAAGUCCACGACUCCGGGUACGAGUCGCCGAAGUUCGAGUGCAUCGCCUGUCAGCGGCGGUACUGCGUAGUGCACAAUCGGCGAUGGCAUGAGGGGGAGACGUGUGCGGAGUUUGAUUACCGGACGGAUGGGACGCAGAAGAUGGAGGAGGAGCGGGCGUCGGAGAGGCUGAUUCAGGAGACGGCGAAGAAGUGUCCUGGGUGUAAGGGGAAUGUGGAGAAGAUGUCUGGGUGUGAUCAUAUGACUUGUUCGAAAUGUAGGCAUCAGUUCUGCUGGAUUUGCCUGGCGCCGUAUGGCCCGAUUCGGGAGGAAGGGAAUAAUAUGCAUACGGAGACUUGUAGGUAUUAUAGUGUGUAGAAAGCUCUAAGAAAUAACUCAACCAGAACGAGGCUGGUCCGUACAUCUGGGAUCCUUUCAUUAGGGCUGGAAAGUCCGCACGUUCGCG